AAGAUUAUCCUACAAGUAAUUCAGAAACUGAAACAAGUGAAUUUGCUAGUAUGCGUAAAGAAAUUGAUGUACUGAUUAAAGAGAAUAUGGAUCUUGUGGAAACGAAGAAUGCGUUGAAUGUUGUGAAGGAUGAUUUACUCUCUAAAAUUGAUUAUUUAACUUCAGAAAAUUUAUCACUACGCGAAUCAGUUGAUAUGCUUACACAUGCACGUGUCAGUCUGCAAGGUGAAUUGACAAACACCGAUCAAAUGUUAAGUGAUGCUCGUUCAGAAAUUACCCAGUUAACUGAAAAGUUAUCAGCCUAUUAUCAAGAGAAUAAAAAUGAGGAGUCAAGUAAUCCAUCUCAACGGAAACGUUUUACACGUUCAGAAAUGGCACGUAUCUUAGCUGAACGUAAUCAUUACAAAGAACGUCUACUAGAAUUACAAGAUGCUGUACGCUUCACAGAGACCCUACGUGUUGGUCAAAAAGGCCAUCCAGAUUUAUUAUCGAAGAUCAUUACAACACCAUCACAACAACAACAACAGAAAGGUGAUACAGUUACACCAGUCAGUGGACCAUUACAAAGUUUACAAAAAUUUUUCUCUGCAUUUACUUCUGGUCAACGUUCUGAAGUUGUAAGUGAAUCUAUGCAAAACACUGAAGGUGGAUCAUCAAUUCUAGGUGCUGACGUCUCCUUAUCUUGGAUAACUCUAUCAGCUAAAGGUACACAUUCUCCAAUAUAUGGUUGGGCUUCUGGAAAGUCUACACAGAUUCAGUCGAACACUGAACAAAGCAUUGAUGAGAAGUCCAGUGAUGAGAAGAAGAAUGAGAAUGAUACUGAUGUACAACAUUUCAGUGUGCCAAUUCCAGUUCAGUGUAGAACAAUCGGUGGUUUACAUCGAAAACACUUAGAGAUAUGUUCAGCUCUUACUGUACCAAUUGUAUCCUUGGAUGGUGAUACGAAGACUAAGUUUCAUUUAUGGUUAAUUGGUCGUGGUGGGCCAGCUGAUUCACAUUUAAGUGAUUCAUCUCCACCCUCAUCAUUGAAUCGUGGUUAUUUAGGUCAAGUGCAUAUCUUUGAACCAACAAAAUUUACACAACCUGUGUAUAGUUUCGAUUUAGAUAAUGGUUUCUUGCCUACAACAGCUGUUUAUGUGAAAUAUGCUAAAGAUUCGGCAACUUUGUCGCCUCAACAAAUGUCGCCAACGUCGAGUGAUGCAAAAAUUGAAUUCACAUGGGAGUUGGCAGAUUCGAAUCCUUAUUCUGAUGAUGCUGAUGCUAAUGAGAAAAUAAAAAAUGAUUCGAAAAGUGGUUGUGUAAUUUUAGCUUCAAAUGAUGGUAGAUUCUUAGUCUUUCAACUGUGCUACGAAUUCAAAUCUAAUAGUCAGUCUAGUGGUGUUGCUGAUGUUCAUACUCAUGCCGGUGACAUUCAGGAGGAUCAACGAGUCUCAACUAAGUGUAGUAUUCGUCUACCACAGAUUUUAUAUAAAUUUAAUACAAACAGUCAAGGCCUUGUAGCUAAUGGAAUGAUUUCAUGUGAUAAUUAUGUAUGCAUUGGUCUGUUCAAUUCACUUGGUACCAGUCAAUUUGUAUGCUUCCAGUGGCCGUUGUUCACUGAAAUCGUAUCUAAAGAUUCUUCAACUCCUGCAAGCUUAAAAACUACUCAUAAACUAAUCAGUUUACCGUAUGAAUCAUUAUCUACUGGUCCUUUGAUUAUGACAUCAGGCAGUUCUGGUGGUGGUUAUUGUUAUUGUUUAUCAGUGAAAUCUGGUGAUGUUAUUACAAGUUUAGCCUUACCCAAUGAAACACCAUGUCUCCAUGCAAUUUGUAUUAAACCCUCCACAUGUAAAUCAUCUGAAUUGAUUUGGUUAGCCGUAUCAGGUAAUCCAACAAUUUGUACACCAUCGAAGACAAGUGCAACAAGUACAGUGAAAACGGACAACGUGUGUGGUGAUGAUAAUGACAGUAAUAAUAAUAAUAAUGCUAGUAGUAGUACUAGUACUGACAAUACUAGUAAUAAAAAUAAAAUGAAUAAUAUCAGCGGUGGAAUGGCACGUCUUCUAGCCUGUUGUCCUAAACAAAAAUGUAUUCUACGUCAAAUUGAUUUAACCGCUGCUUUGUCUUCUAUGAUAGAUAUGGAAGGUGUUACAGAUCCAAUAGACUUAACGAUAUGUCGUUUAUUGAUUGUUCCAAUGACUGUUGAUCGUGAGAUAUGGUUUGCUACUCGAUCUGGGCUUAUUGCUCGUUUACGCCUGGAUUACACAGAAAUGAAUACUUCUCAGCAUGAAAUUGAAUUACCAAAAUCUUCUUCGAUAUCAAUCAGUUGUCAUGGUUACAGACGUCCUGUAUGCAAUCUACUUCUAUUACUUCAAGCUUCUCAGAUGAACGAGAACGAAUUGGAUCAUUUAAUUGUAUCCGUUGGACAUGAUUAUGUUGAUCUGAGACAGAUUUUAUCAGUGCAUAAGAAGAGCAGUGACACUGAUCGAGCUUCCAACAGGACUCAUUAUAUUAAUCGAUCACGACAAAUGGGUUCCGGUGCUCAUGCUAUUGUCUGGAGACUUACAGAAGGGUGUAGUUAA